GUUUCAGUCCUGCAGGCUGGCCAUUUUCUGAUUUAAUUUUUUUGACUUCUGCGCUUCGUGCGUGGCAGCUUCUAGAGGUCCGGCGCGCCGCCGCCUCUUCGUGCGGCAGGCGAGGGCGUGUGGGGGCUCGUUACUCUCGCGCGGGGAGAAGGGAGGCCGGCUUCCCGGGGUUGGCCAGAGUAGGCGGAGGUACCUCCCUGCAGACCAUGGGACUGCCAGGCCGGGUCCCUUGCGACACGCGCCUCCACGCUUUCCUGAGGGAAACCUUUGCGUCUGUCCCCGUUAUCGCUCUCGCUUUCCUGCCCUUUCCAGCCCCUCUACCUCUCGGUCAGCUGAACGAAAGACCUCACUCGCCCCUUACCCCAUCCCUCCUGGGAGGAUCGGGCAUAUACUUAUUUUGAUCGUGAUCCGGUCUAACUGUUCCGGUGGAAAGGUUUUCUUAAUUUAAGUCUUGUAAGUCCAGCCAUGUACUCUGCCGCGAAGUUGCAGUACUCAACAAUUUAACGUUCAGGCCCGAGGGAGUUGUUUUUUUUUUUUUUUCCCUCUCGCUCUCGCAAAUACAACUUUUAGAGUCUUCUGAGAACUGUACUGCAUUAGAUUAUCUUUGAGAUAAUUCUUAAGUUAGCGCCUUGAGGCAGCGUGAUGGGAGGUUCAAAGAGAAGGCUUUACACUUUUUCCUCCACCUGUAUCACCGUAUGAAAUGGAAAACGUUGAGUUGACGGUGAUUUUCCACAAGAGGUGUCCUCCUUGGUAGCAUGAAUAUUAUCAGAGAACUAAUAGAGUUGUUAUGAGGAUUUAAUGAGAUAAUACAUGUGACACUGAUGAUAAAAAUCCGUUCAAGAAUUUAGAUGUGACAUCUGCAUCAGGUUCAAAUCUCUCAGCUAUAAGACAAACUGGAUACUUCGUAAAGAUUUUCAUCUGUUAUGCACAGAGCCAAAAUCCGUUACUGAAAUUGUCUGGGUACCUCUGCAUUAGCCAGAUUGGAUAUAUGUAAGGAGAAAAAUCAGUAUAUCUGGACCAUCAGGUUGUGCUUUAAGAAGACUAUAGGGAAGAACACAUUUUCUUCUUGCCACAGAAGUUGCAAUAGAAAAUCUGUGAAGGCUUAAAAGGGCCCAUGAGUCUUCUCAUCGUUGAGCCGUUCUGUGGAGGAUCCCAUAAACAGCUGGUGGAUCUGCUCCAAGAAGAGUUAGAAGACUGUGUCCUUUAUACCCUUCCUGCAAAGAAAUGGCAUUGGAGAGCACGGACAUCGGCUUUAUACUUCUCCCAGAAUAUUCCCAUCAGUGAACAGUACAGGAUCCUCUUUGCAAGCUCAGUGCUGAACCUGACCGAACUGGCUGCCCUUCGACCUGACCUUGGGAAAUUGAAAAAGAUUCUGUACUUCCAUGAGAACCAAUUGGUAUAUCCUGUCAAGAAAUGUCAGGAGAGGGAUUUCCAAUAUGGAUACAACCAAAUUCUCUCAUGCCUGGUGGCUGAUGUGGUGGUGUUCAACUCGGUUUUUAAUAUGGAGUCAUUUCUUACCUCUAUUGGAAAAUUUAUGAAGCUGAUUCCUGAUCACAGACCCAGGGAUCUGGAAAGCAUCAUCAGACCCAAGUGCCAAGUUAUUUACUUUCCCAUCAGGUUUCCUGAUGUGAGCAGAUUCAUGCCCAAGAACAAAACAACCCAUUUACAGAAGAUUCUCAGCCUUAAAGGAAAUGGUGGCACUGCUCCAUCAAUGGCCCUUCCUUUCCAACAGGAGCAGAAAGGUUCUGAGAAUUUUUUGAAGAAUUCUAAUUCAGAGUCUGGACCUCGCAAUGCAGCGCCACAAGAAAACCUGGGUAGCUCAUUAACACAGGAAUCAGACUGGAGGACAUGCAACUCAUCAGAUAAUUCAAGUUCUCAUCAUCAGGAAAAUACACAAAAUACGACUUUUAAUCCCCGUGACAUUUUGGGUGGAAUUGAUGAUCCGCAAAGGCCACUGCACAUUGUGUGGCCUCACAGGUGGGAGCAUGAUAAAGAUCCAGAGAGUUUUUUCAAAGUAUUAAUGCACCUUAAGGAUUUAGGACUCAAUUUCCAUGUGUCUGUCCUUGGAGAAACCUUCACAGAUGUCCCAGAUGUAUUUUCAGAGUCCAAAAAGGCACUGGGAUCGUCUGUCAUACACUGGGGCUACUUACCCAGCAAAGAUGACUAUUUCCAAGUACUGUGCAUGGCCGAUGUUGUCAUCUCAACGGCUAAGCAUGAAUUCUUUGGAGUAGCAAUGUUGGAAGCUGUGUAUUGCGGUUGUUACCCACUCUGUCCCAGAGAUUUGGUUUAUCCCGAAAUAUUUCCAGCUGAAUAUCUGUAUUCUACACCUGAACAGCUUUCAAAAAGGCUCCAGAAUUUCUGCAAGAGACCAGAUAUUGUAAGAAAACAUCUUUAUAAGGGUGAAAUGACUCCUUUUUCUUGGGCAGCCCUACACGGUAAAUUCAGGUCUCUGCUUACAACAGAACCUAGGGAAGAUUUGUGACAGAUGGGGCUAAGUCACAAACUUGCAGCCUAAGGCAGAAUCUGUAGAACUUUCCAGAGUGUGCCCAUAUUUACCUGAUCAGAGAGAAAAGAAAAUCUGCAGAGGAAGCUGAGCCUGGCUGCUUGUCAUAGCUGACACAGAGCCAUCUGCCACAAACCUGUGGCGGCUUCAGAUCUCCCAUCCCUGCCACCACCCCAACUCAAAUUAAAUACAGAUUCCUAGAGACGUUAGGAUGGUUACACAUGUCCUCGGCAUCACAUGGAGGAGACUGUUCAAAAAAAAUAUGUGGCCUGUUGUAUAACCGCACUCAUGUAUCCCAUAUGUGGUGCCACAUUGAAUUUCCGGUUGAAUCCGUUUUUAUCCUUUGUACUGGAUGACAUGGUGCCUGAAUUCUUUCUUUUUGCCGACACGAUGGCAGCCAAACUGCAGCUUCAAAAGCUCGCGCUUGGCUGGGUUUCCACCUAGGUUGCCAGGUUAUCAUUGGAACCUUCUUGUGUCCUCAAAGGGCCACGGGGUCUGAACAGACGAUCAGAAUGCUACCAGACUAAUUGGGCAGCCAUCUCAGAAUUGUUCGUGGGCAAAGGGCUGCUUUAGCACUUUUAUUUUAGCAAAUUAACGACUCUCUGGCACAGGGAUUUUUAAGUGAAGGUAUUAAUAAGGGGUCUGGCAGGUAGUCCCAUGAUUCACAGAAAAGUUACAUUUGCAUUUAAUUUGUUUUAAAGUUGUGAGAUAAACAGCUGUAAUUUGGACAAACAUGGGAAACACACUAAGUGGGGCCAUCUUGCCCAUAGAAGGAACACUGAGAUACUUGUUUUAAUUUUUUUCCUGGGGUAAAAACAGAGAAAUCAAAAUACUUCCACUAAAGCAGUAAUUUUGAUAGAAAUAUCCCUCAAAAAUACUUGCAUCCAGCUACAAAUAUAAUCUUUUCAAGAUAAAUCGCUUAUGAUUCCAAUAGUCAAGCUGCUGUAUUUGUUGAUAUAAAGAUGUUUUGAACAGCUAGAUUGUAAAAUAAAUUUUUAAUAAAGUGCCUACUGCAAUUUUUAAUUAGCAUAUCUCAUUUACGUGUAAGAGUGUACAUCUAUCUGUAUGUUUCUCGCUGAACACUUCCCUUGUGUCAGAGACAACGAAUACAAUUGUUUCUUUUCCGGAUGUACAGGGAUCUGUUUUGCAAAUGUUUGUAAGAUAUUAUGACAUUUCCAAGACUGUCUUUGCAUUCUGGAAAGCAGGAGGUAAACAUUUGUAGUCAUUAAGGUAAAGUCUGUUGAUAAACCAUCUUCUGUUUACUGACAGGUAAACUGUAACUUUCCUAGCUUUUGAAAGGAAUGACUUUUAUACACUGCAGAGUGAGGGACAGCCAGGGAGCGGAGGGUAGACAAGGGCUAAGCAUGGCCUUCUGGCUUCUAGAAGGACUGAGUGGUCUAGCAGGCAUCCGAGAUAGAGCAGGUGAUGAUUCAGAAGUCCAGGAGGGCCCAUUUGACAGGUAGCAAAAUGGUCAGCAGGAACUAGAUCAAGGUCCGGGAGCCAGAUAGAUCCCUCAGGACAGAGGCAGUCUUGCAGAUCAAAGAAGGCAGGAAUUCAGAAUGCAUCAGGCCUGGGAAUUGAAAAGCAGGAUGAGUAAGAAGCAGAAACAACAAGCCCUAUCUUUGCAGAUAGUCCUCUCCCUAAUAUGUGUGAGAUCCUUAACGCAUGAUGGGACAUCACAGCCCUAGCUUCGAGUCCUAUCAAUCAGUGGGGAAGCCACUGAACAGAUUACCUCCUCACCCACGAAACAAAGGGCUCGGGGAUUAUUUCAGAAGUCCCUUCCGGUCUGACACUGGGGAACGCAGAAUCUCUCAGGUGUGCACCUUUUGAGUGUAAAAGUUAAGGUAUAAAUAUGCCCAAGAGGUUCUUAGACACGUUGGGCAGGGUUUAUCAUCUAAUGAGAUGAACUAGACCAGUAAAUUUGCUUCAGUCAGAAGGAUGCCGUGUCACAGUGAUGUCUUCUCACAGCCGAGAAACAAUAUUUAGUUUACUGUGUUUUAUUGUCAUGAAAAUAAUGGGCUCCCAUUUUAUAGUAGACAUAGUUGAAAGUUAUCUGUGUAUGGAGGGUUUUUUUUUCCCUAUACCCAUAAAUGCAAAUCAGCUUUUGUCUUUAGCUGUACCCAGUAUUCCUUCUCGAAUAAAAAUUUACAUUAAAGUUGUCAUUUCUUAAAACUAUGCUGUCAGACCUGGUAUCAGUGCAUAUAAACAAUAAAAAGU